UCCUCAUUUUAACUUCCGCAUUUCAUAUGGAGGCAGCCAUAUUGAAUUUUUCUGGAAGCGUCUCUGGCGAUAAACCGUGACUUUUUCAAUCCGUCGACAUCCAGAAAAACAACCAUCAUAAUGUCUCAAGGUGGCUUUUUUGGAGGAGGCGGUGACAAUGUUAGUCGAUCUGAGUAUAAAGAUAAAGACAAACCAAGUCAAAUUCGAUUCAGCAACAUAACUGCUGGAAAAGCUGUUGCAGAUGCUAUACGAACAAGUUUGGGCCCACGUGGCAUGGAUAAAAUGAUUCAAUCAUCCAAUGGGGAUGUUACAAUUACUAAUGAUGGAGCAACUAUAUUGAAACAAAUGCAGGUGUUGCAUCCAGCUGCUAAAAUGCUUGUAGAACUUUCUAAAGCACAAGAUGUUGAAGCUGGAGAUGGUACCACAUCAGUAGUUGUCUUAGCUGGAAGUUUCUUAGAUGCUAGCUCUAAUCUUUUGCAAAGAGGUAUACAUCCUACUGUGAUAUCAGAAGCUUUUCAACGAGCUGCUGCAAAAUCUUCAGAAAUACUGGAAACAAUGGUAACUCCUUUGGAUCUUGGAGAUAGAGAAUCAUUAUUAAAAAGUGCUUCCACUUCUUUGAAUUCAAAAGUAGUUUCUCAGUAUUCAUCAAUUUUAUCUCCAAUUGCUGUUGAUGCCGUUAUGAAAGUAAUUGAUCCAGCUACUGCCAAAAAUGUAGAUCUUAAAGAUAUCAAAAUUGUCAAAAAAUUAGGUGGAACUGUUGAGGAUACUGAGCUCAUUGAUGGCCUUGUCUUUACAAGCAAAAUUUCUGGAGCUGGUGGUCCCAACAAGGUGGAAAAAGCCAAAGUGGGCUUGAUUCAAUUUUGUAUUUCUCCGCCAAAGACUGAUAUGGACAACCAGGUCAUUGUCUCAGAUUAUACUCAGAUGGAUCGUGUGCUCAGAGAAGAAAGAGCUUAUAUCCUUGAGAUUGUUAAAAAAAUUAAAAAGUCUGGAUGUAAUGUUCUAUUAAUACAGAAAUCAAUUUUAAGAGAUGCUGUAUCAGAUCUUGCACUCCACUUCCUUGCAAAGAUGAAAAUUUUGGUUGUCAAAGAUGUUGAGAGAGAGGAUGUAGAGUUUGUUUGCAAGACAUUGGGUUGUCGACCAAUAGCUAGCGUAGACCACUUUUUACCUGAAUAUCUGGGUACUGCUGAGCUUGUUGAGGAAGUUCAAACUGGAACAAGUAAAAUUGUCAAGGUUACUGGAAUUGCUAAUCCAGGACAAACCGUGACAGUAUUAAUCAGAGGCUCUAACAAACUGGUUUUAGAAGAGGCUGAUAGAUCAUUGCAUGAUGCUCUGUGUGUCAUCAGAUGUUUGGUGAAAAAAAGGGCACUUAUUGCUGGAGGUGGUGCACCAGAAAUUGAGUUAUCACUGAAAUUAAUGGAAUAUGCCAAUACAUUAACUGGUAUUGAGCAGUACUGCUUCCGUGCUUUUGCUGAGGCUUUGGAAGUGAUUCCCUUUACCUUAGCCGAAAAUGCUGGCUUAAAUCCUAUUGCUACUGUUACAGAAUUGAGAACAAGGCAUGCCCUUGGUGAAAAAACUGCUGGUAUCAAUGUUAGGAAGGGUGCUAUAACCAACAUUCUAGAGGAAAGUGUUGUUCAGCCUAUCUUAGUAACAGUCAGUGCCAUUAAUCUUGCUGCAGAGACUGUUCGAAGUAUCCUCAAAAUUGAUGACAUUGUCACAUGUCUGAAUUUGUCAGAGUUGAAUGUGAAGGAGAAAAACACACCUGAAGAUUCAACUAAUUAACAUGUAAAUUGUGUGAGGAACUAAUCCAGAAGCUUUGAAGAUCUACAUUCUCUAUAUUACAACUCAUUUGCUGUUGGGAAUGUCUCAGCCUUGCAGUGACUGUUUACAUAAUUUAUUCACCAGUGUAACAGUUGUUUCCAUUGUGUGUUUGUUCCUGUUAUGUCUUUGAGUACAAGAUUAUUCUAUUACUGGUUAUUUUUUUCUAUGUGCUCUUCUGUUUGUAUUGUCUUUUUUUUUACAGCAGGUUUUUAUUCUGUGAUGACUGAUUUUUUACAAUUAAAAAUUCAAAAUAUU